AGCGUUUUUACAAUUACAAUAACAGGGUCUCUCUCAAAUUUAGGGUUUAUAUAUACGCUGUCUUUCUCUCACCCCAAGAUUUCACAAUAUAUUCUCUCUAUCUUUCUAUCGCAAUCAGUAUUUUUCAAAUCCAGUUUUUUUUGGUUUAAUUUCAAAAGGUUUUUGCUGAUUCUUCGCUUUGUUCUGGAAAAAUAUGGCUUUGGGAAAGAGAAACGGUGCACUGAAAUCGAUGCGCGGCGCAGUGAGUGAGGAGGUAUUUGAGAACGGAUUGGUGAAGUACACGCGAGGAUUCGGGAGGAAGAGAGUAGCGAUUACUAAUGAUGUUGAAGCACAAUCGAUGGAUUCGUCUCCCAGAACUCCAUUGAAGAGGCAAUGCAGUCAGAGAAUGGAUGUAGGCUUCGAAAAGUCUGCUCUUGAAACAUUACCUCAAGAUAUCCUGAUUAGGGUUCUCUGUGGUGUGGAACAUGAAGAUUUGAAGCAGCUUUUUCACGUAUCUAAAUCAAUCAGAGAAGCUGCUUUGAUUGCAAGGCAAUGGCAUUUCGCUUAUAGUACACCAAGGAAGACUCGUGCCUUCCGAAAUUCAGUCGAUUUGGAUGAGAAUCUGAGCGAAUUGGAUGACACUGAAGCUCCGAAUGCUCCAAAGCAAUCCCGGCGUUAUAGAUCAAAAAUUAGCGAGGAGAGUUUGGCUGACAUCUCAGUGGCCUUGUUUGCUUCUCCAAGGAAGGAGUUAUUUAUGUAAAUAGAUUACAUUUGUUGUGUGUACAUGACAUUGGAUAUGGAAGGCCAAGUUUCUUCAACACUUGCAUUGAAGAUGGGUCAUGGGGGUCCGUUCUGGUUUUGGAAUCAGUAUUAUUGUACAUUUGUUAGGGAAAUAUUCACACGAUUAUUGUUUUGAGGGGGCGAUCUUGGCCCUUCUGGUCUGAUAAAGAUGAGAAAUUGAGAAUGUAGAUUUCUUUCUGCCUACUCUUUCUGUGCAAUAAAAUGAAGAUUUUGUUACCAUUUUUCC